AGCAUAUUUUAUUCGUUCAAAGAUAUGCAUAUGUAUAUUUGUAUAACAUUAUGAUGAAUAUACAUAUUUUUAAGAGCAUGGACCCUUGAUGAAAUGUAUGUAGGUGUUGAGCCAGAGUACAGUUAGCAGAUUUCAGUAGAGGUAUUUUUAAAAUGACCUUACUGAAUAUAUCACCUAUGUUCAUUAACGUGAUAACAAUUUCAUUCAAAUGUAACCUGUGACUUGAUGAACCAAUAUGCAAAGAAUCCAUAUUGCUCACCACCUCCAAAUUUAGAAUCUCUGUGACGUCAUCCCCAUGCUCCAGGGUGACACGCGGUGGUAAAUUUUGGCACUGACUGGAAUAUUCAGGAACUGUCUGGAACUUCAAAAGGCAGUAUAUAAAGUAGAGUGCUCACCGUGCUGAAACCAAACAGAAAAACCCUGGGCUACGCUACAAGUAGUAAACACAGCAAGAACUCCCGACUCUCACUGAAAAUGUUGAGCCUUCACGGAUUCCAGCCCUCCCUCAGCCCCUUUGUGGACUUCUACUGGCCCGUCCGCAGUAUCUGGCCUCACGUCCGACCUCUUGACAUUCACAGAGAUCUUAUGCUGAGAAACACGGAAGAUAUACCAAGCAGUCUGGAGCUCCUGAAGAAACUUCAGCACCACAUCUUCCAGGAGAUUGACCAAAUCCCAGCUUCAGAGGAGCUUCAUCCACUUCCUCUCAACCUUGAGAAGAAGGGAGAUGGUUUCGCUCUGACACUGGACACUAAAUACUUUUCUCCUGAAGAGCUGUCAGUCAAACAGGUGGGCAACAAGCUACAAGUGAGCGGCAAAUCUGAGAAGAGGCACGAAGAUGGAAAAGGCUCCUAUUCCUACAGGGUUCAGGCCUUCAGGAGAGAGUUUGAUCUCCCCGAAGGGGUGACUCCUGAGGCUGUCACCUGCAGAUUGGCAGAGGGAAAGCUUCACAUUGAAGCACCAGGAAAACAGAGGCCUUCCAUCUCUGAGAGGGUAGUGCCCAUCGACUGCAAAACAGCGGAAUCCACAGAACAAGUAGAGAAGAUGACAAAAGAGGACAACGCUGCAGAUUCAGCCGAGAUGAAGCAGUAAACCCACUGCUGAAAAUUGACUUUUUUUGCAUCCUUGAUUUAAAAAGCUGGUCUUUUGAAAUGUUACUCAAUUUCUUAUUGUGUCUCCAUGAAGUUGAAUGUGCUGAAUCUUUUUUUUUGAAU